GUAGGCAAGAUUUGCUCUCCUGAAGCUGCCGGGCGCGCGUGAUCGUACAUUCCCUGCCUCCUAGACUUUAUAUAUUGAUGUGAUCGGCGGCGGAGGACUUCAAUCUAGUGCGAUCUGUAGUUUAGGACCGUUGAGUUCUUUUUUGAGAAGAACAGGGAAACUGGUGCUUGCGUCCUCCUGGAGAGUGGAACGAAAAGUAGCCAUCGGUGUUUUACUUGCAAAAAAGUUUCAAACGGUGCAUUUUCAGUCAAAGCAACAUGUGUUCAAGCCAGGAAUUGUAAAAUAAUUUCAAUCGAUAAAUCCUGGGUGAUCAGUGUGUUAAGAAAUCAGUGUCAGUGUAAAGCGCAAGUGAUUACUGCAAUUGAAAGCGACAAAUAGUACCUAACAUUGAAACAAUCGAUAAAAGAGAAGAAGUACAUAAUUACUUAUACACCAUGACGCCAAAGCCCCAGGAGAGUAUCCCAGUGGUGCACGCUGGAGAAGAACAAGACAUGCCUGGAUCGUUGAACAAUGCUAGCAGCUUGGGAAACCUGAACCACAACCUCAAACUGAACGGGUUCAUCAACAAUGGUUUCGUGUCGGACUGUCCGGCGCAAUCCGACAGCAAAAAUGACCAGCAAACAAAGGAACUAGAGCUGAAGGAUAAGAAGAAUGCCAAGAACACAGGCUCGAACUCUGGUGGCGGUGCACCGACGGGUGUCCAGGAGAAACCAAUCGUUGACUUUGACGAUCUUCUGCCGCACGUAGGUGAAUUUGGACGCUACCAGAAGAUCCUCUUUCUGCUCAUGAUCCCGUUCGCGUUCUUUGUGGCAUUUGUGUACUUUUCGCAAAUCUUCAUCACGAUCGUGCCCGAAGAGCACUGGUGCUGGGUUCCCGAGCUAGAACACUUGUCCGUGGAAGAAAGACGCGCCCUAGCAAUUCCCGUUCACUACGAACAUGGAACUGAGUUUGACGACGGAACGGCUUCCUACAGCAAGUGCGCCAUGUAUGCCGUGAACUUCACCGAAGUGCUAGCCAACAACAUCCGCAAGGCUGACCCAUCCUGGCCAACCCAGUCCUGCAAAAACGGCUGGGAGUACAACUUUACCGAUGUGCCGUACCGGACGGCGGCUACCGAUUUCGAAUGGGUCUGCGAGAACGCGUACCUCUCAACUCUGUCGCAGUCGAUCUUCUUCGUCGGUGCCAUCGUCGGUGGGCUACUGUUCGGCUGGAUUGCCGAUCGGUACGGUCGCAUUCCGGCGCUGGCCGGUUGCAACGUAAUCGGAUUCGUCGCCGGUGUGGCGACCGCCUUCGUUGGAAACUUCUGGCAGUUCGCACUGUGCCGGUUUCUGGUUGGAUUCGCCUUCGACAACUGCUUCACCAUGAUGUACAUUUUGGUUCUGGAGUACGUUGGCCCGAAAUGGCGAACCUUCGUGGCAAACAUGUCCAUCGCCCUGUUCUUCACCACCGCUUCGUGCGCCCUCCCUUGGAUCGCCUACUACCUUGCCAACUGGAAGCUCUUUGCCAUUGUCACUUCCGCUCCUCUGGCCCUGGCCAUCCUCACGCCGUGGCUCGUCCCCGAAUCUGCAAGAUGGCUCGUCUCGCAGGGCAAAGUGGACCAAGCUAUCACCAUCCUGAAGAAGUUCGAGAAGAUCAACAAGAAGACCGUUGACCCCAAGGUAUAUCAGGAUUUCAGUGAAAGCUGCGUCCGCUUGCAGGAGGAAGAAGCCGCCAACAGUAGCUACUCUGUGUUGGACCUGUUCAAGACGCCACGCCUUCGCAACAUAACCAUUCUGCUGAUUGCCAUCUGGAUGGCCAUCUCGCUGGUAUUCGACGGGCACGUGCGUAACGUCGGAUCGCUUGGUUUGGAUCUGUUCUUUACGUUCACCGUUGCUGCCGCCACCGAGCUGCCGGCCGAUACGUUCCUCACUCUAACCCUGGAUCGCUGGGGACGCCGUUGGUUGGCCUGCGGAACGAUGGUGGCCAGCGGAGUGUUCAGCUUGCUUGCUACUACCGUACCAGUUGGUGCUCUUUCUGCUACCCUGGCCAUCCUGGGUCGCUUCAGUGUCAACAUCUCCUACAACAUUGGUCUACAGUAUGCUGCCGAGUUGCUUCCCACCGUGGUCCGCGCUCAAGGUGUGGCAUUUAUUCACAUUAUGGGUUACGUGGCCAGUAUUGUCGCUCCAUUCGUCGUAUAUCUAUCGCACAUUUCGCCUUCGUUGCCGCUGAUUGUGCUGGGAGUCCUGGGAAUCUUCGGAGGGCUCCUCUCGCUGAUGCUGCCCGAAACACUUGGACACGAUCUGCCACAAACGCUGGCAGAUGGAGAAGAAUUCGGACGUGGGCAGAAGAUCUGGGAUUUCCCGUGCUUGGCCAAGAAAAUCAACGACGACGAGGUGGACGACCUUCCGGUGGAGCGUUUCACCCGGGCCACAUCAAAGACCUCGGUUGGUGCUUCGCUGCGGGCGUCGACGCGUGGCGAGCUGCGCUCCAGCAUGCUAAACCGUUCGAUUCGGUCGCGCGUCUCGGUGCGUUCCCUCCAGCAGCGUGCAGAUCAGAUGACCGCCUGUGUCUGACGAGCGCCCGUUCAAAUGAAUCCAUGCUCAAUUGCAUCUAUUAUAUAAUAAAUGCAUCCACUCAGAGGACAUUUCUUAGCGAAUAGGCCAAAACAGGAGAUAGAAUUAAUAGACUUUUGUUUCCUCUGCGACGCUGCUGCGAGGAGAAUCGGAGCCGCCCGCCCGGGGACAGAAUUAGCCCAACCUAGUCAACCGUAUCGGAUGAUGUAUUAGUUUAGGUACUCGUAUGUUAUUCACACCCAUUUUAAAAGCACGCUGUGAGCCGGAUUUUAGUGAGUGCGAAAGAACGGUUGAGAGAUCGAACCGAACGCCAGCUUGCGACCCUAAUCAUAGUUUGUAAGGAGAGAAAAAAGACCUCAAGCCAAAAAAAGUUGACCAUCCAGGAACUGUGAGAAAACAGAGAAGAAGUGACUAGAGUUCCUAAAUGGGAAUGCGCAAGGAAGAAUUGUAGCCAUAACAUUGAAGAGCAGAAGCGAAUUUGCCAAAAGUAUUAGUGAUACCAUCAACAAAUGUGCAAGGCACAACUACAGCACUACAAACCCAAUUGGAGUUCCUCAAUCUGUGUUAGAAAAGUCGUGCAAGACGUGUGAUAGUGCAUAUUCACUCCAUCAGUAGCAUUGUUUUUAGAAUUUAGUGUUAGCUCUAGUAGGAAUCAUACAUUAUCGAGACAGCUUGCUCACGAGCAAGGGAAAAGGUAUUUUAAUCUAAAUGUAUGAUUAUAGAUUUUUGUAGACAUUUUAGGCUCAUACGCAACAAGCAACAAAUAUAUUGACGUGUUCGUAUCCGUGCUGAUAAUCGGUUUGGAAAAACGAUUGAGUUUGAAUAAUUUUCAGAUAGCGAUCGGGAGCUAGAAUGAUUUUCUUUUAAUUUAUUUCAAUAUUUAUGUAAUUUAAAAUCAUUUGUAUCGCUUGAUUGGAGGAAUUGAAGCGACAAUUCGCAGAAGAAACAAUCUACAGACAAUCGAAGGCAUUAGGCUUUCGAAUGUAGUUAUUGACAGUUUCAAGUGUAUUAAUAAAUAAAUGAUUACGAAAA